CUAUAUAUGACGAAAGAGAAACCAUGAGAAAAAGUUACUUUUCUCUAGUUGCCUCUGAAGACAACAAGUCCUUCCAGCUGAGAGCAUGGAGCUGGACAAUCAUUAUGAAAAUCUUGAAAAUCAUCCUGAUCGAGCAAGAAGAUACAGAGGAAAACAGGAAAAAUUGAAUUCAGAACAAGGUGCCCAAUCAGCAGAGUCCGCCCGAGGAAAAUGUCCAUCUCUGGUCAUCUACAUUCUCCUGGGUCUCUCCAUCUUGCUGUCUGUGGUGAUUCUAAGUACUGCAGUUAUACUAUUUACAGGAAUAUCAAAGACGACAAGUAGAUCACUCGCUGAAUUUAGGACUGAAAUUUCACAGCUGAAGGAGAAUGCACUUCGCUUCCAAUGUCCUGACCAGUGGAAGCAGUUCCAGCAACACUGUUAUUACAUUUCAACAAACAAAAAAAACUGGAUAGAUGCCCAGAAAGCCUGUGCAUCAAUGGACGCCAAUCUUGUUGUCAUUAACAAAGCUGAGGAACAGACAUUUGUAGAAAAAUGGCUUCAAGUAGAAAAUUACUGGAUUGGACUAAGUGAUUCAGUCAAUGAAGGUGACUGGCGCUGGGUGGAUGGGACAGAUUAUACUUCCUCUGUAAAGUUCUGGAAUAAAGGCGAACCCAAUGAUGUUUCCAAUGAAGACUGUGCAGAGAUGAAUGCUAUUCGAAAGUGGAAUGAUGGGCCAUGCGCUAGCUCUGAAAAUUGGAUCUGUGAAAAGCCAGCACAAUGUUAUUUUCCUUAAUGUGACCUCAGUGCAAAGGAAAGUGAAUCUAUUUUUAAAUGUUCAGUCUAUGUAUAUUGGGUAAGCAUCCCUGAGCUGGUGGUGAGUAUGAUGGGUGUGUGGUCAAGCAUGUGAUGCACUCAGUUUGGCCCUUUAUCUUAAUCCAGUAAUGUGAAGAAGAUCCACAUGGUGAACUGCCCCUGCUAUCCCGUACUGUGUUGAGCCAGAUCCAUAUUUCUGGCAUUUUGAAAAGUGUCAAUGUUUGUCUGCUUCCUCACAUCCACCUAGCCCAGGCCCAUUGGAACAAAGGUGCUCUGGGAAUCUCAAAUAUACAAUGCUGUUUGGAAAUCAUGAUCUGUGUCUUCUCUUUCAAAGGAUGUAAUGGGUUUUCAGCAGUUCCUGCUCCUUUCAGCACUCUCUGUGUAGACAUGGCUUACGGCCUUGGCUUCACUUAAAUCUUAUUGCAGGCAUGUGAGCUGCAUCCAGGCUCACCCUCCUCCUUUCCUUCACCUCUGUUUCCCUGUUUGUCCUCCAUACCUAAAUUCCAUUCAGGCCCCAUCUUGUUCUUUGUGCCCUCACCACCUAUGCUUCCCCCUCCAGCUACCAUGCUUGCCUGGGAGACCACCAGGCACCUCGGACACCAAAUUAGAUUGAUGGAUCUGUAACUGCAAGAUUGUAUUGCAGAACUUGAAAUAGUACACUCUAAUUAUAGCUGCCAUUUGAUUUAA